AUGGUGCUGCCGCUCGUGGGCCGCGCGCUCCUGGCGGGCCGCCUGUGGCUCCCCCGUGCCGCCGCCGCUCCCCACGCUCCGGCGGCGGCUGCGCGGCUCUGCUCGGGCGCGGGGGGCGCGGCGGAGGCGGCCGGCGGGGACGGGGCGCUGCUGCGGCACCUGGCGCGCAAGCUGCGGGCCAGCGGGCCGGUCACGGUGGCCGAGUACAUGCGGGAGGCGCUCACCAACCCCGGCCAGGGUUACUACACGCGCCGCGGCGGCGUCGGUGAGAGCGGGGACUUCAUCACCUCGCCUGAAAUCAGUCAAGUGUUCGGAGAGUUAAUAGGAAUAUGGUACAUUAGUGAAUGGAUGGCCAUGGGCAAACCGAACACCUUCCAGCUGGUGGAGCUGGGUCCAGGGAGGGGCACCCUCACUGAGGAUAUAUUGCGGGUCUUCAAGCAGCUCGCCUCUGUUCUUAGUAAAUGUGAUGUCUCUGUUCAUCUGGUAGAAGUGAGCCCCAAACUCAGUGAGAUCCAAGCAGUGAUGCUGACAGGAGGGGCGGUGCAGCCAAACCCUGAGGAUGAGUCUGCUUACAUGAAAGGCAUUAGCAAGACUGGAAUUCCCAUUUUUUGGUACAGAGACAUUCAAGAUGUGCCACCAGGUUACAGCUUUUACCUAGCACAUGAGUUCUUUGAUGCCCUGCCAAUACAUAAGUUUCAGCGAACGGAGAAAGGCUGGCGUGAGGUGUUGGUGGAUAUUGAUCCAGAAGUUCCUGACCAGCUGCGGUUUGUCCUGUCACCAUCCAGGACCCCUGCGACACAAAACUUUAUUCAGCCAGAAGAAACAAGAGACCACGUGGAAGUGUGUCCUGAAGCUGGUGCCAUUGUGCAGAGGCUUGCCUGCCGGAUAGAGAAGGAUGGGGGGGCUGCUCUGGUUGCAGAUUAUGGCCACGAUGGAACCAAAACAGACACUUUCAGGGGUUUCAGGAAUCACAAACUUCAUGAUGUGCUGAGUGCUCCAGGUACAGCAGACCUGACAGCAGAUGUUGAUUUCAGCUACCUUCGAAAGAUGGCACAGGGCAAAACAGCCACGUUAGGCCCCAUAAAGCAGCGGGAGUUUCUAAAGAACAUGGGCAUUAACCUCCGACUGCAGGUGCUCUUGCAGAAUUCAGGUGACACAGCAACUCGUGAGCAGUUACUUCACAGCUAUGAUAUGCUGAUGAAUCCCGAGAAGAUGGGGGACUGUUUUAAUUUUUUUGCCCUGCUGCCUCACCACAGACUUGUACAUCCUGACAAGAAAGAUAAGCCAGAAUCAAAGUCUCCCCUACCACCUGUUGCUGGAUUUAAUGAACUGUUACUAAAGUAAUUUCAAAUACU